AUGACGACCGAUAUUCCGAUCCUUCGCUGGGGCAUCAUCGCCACCGGCCUCAUUUCCUCAUGGUUUGUUGAGGACCUGGUUCUUGAGCGUUCUGAUGCCAAGGCAAAACACAUUAUCCAGUCCAUUGGGUCGUCCUCGUUACAGAAGGGCAAAGCCUUCGUUGAGAAACAUCUGCCUGGCAAGGAACCAACCGUCUACGGCAGUUACGCUGAAGUAUACAAUGACCCCAACGUCGACGUCAUAUAUAUCGGCACGCCUCACGCUUUUCAUAAGCAAAACUGUCUCGACGCCAUCCGUGCCGGGAAGCAUGUACUUUGCGAAAAGGCCUUCACCAUUACUGCUAAAGAGGCCCGAGAAGUGUUCAACGCUGCAAAGGAGAAGGGCGUCUUCGUGAUGGAAGCCAUGUGGACGCGCUUCUUCCCUCUCACGCAAUCUCUGCUGGAGGUCUUACACUCAGAUAAGCUGAUUGGAGAUAUCCACCGCGUCUUCUGCGAUUUCUCCACGAACAUGAACAUCGCCUCCUUGGGCCCUGAUUCCCGCUUGAAAAAUCCUGCUCUUGGUGCCGGGAGUCUUCUUGACAUCGGUGUCUACAGCUUGACUUUUACGAUCUUGGCGCUGGACCCAGGCGUGGGCGAUAAAGCCAAAAAGCCUAAAAUUACUGCCACACAAACGAUAUCGGAUGAUAUCGACAUCGCCACUUCAGCUCUUCUUCUCUAUCCCAGUGGGAAGCAGGGUAUUUUGACAGCGUCAACUCAGGUCAAGUCUCCACCCGGGUUCUGUAGGAUUGAAGGAAGCGAUGGGUACAUCAUCGUUGAAGGUGUUGCUACUUCAGUUCCUGGGUCAUUCACCGUCCACUCAUCUACGGCCUCUGGCGAGGGAUGGGCCGAGUCUCCAACACUAGGUCUGAAGUCCAAGAAGUUUGACUUUGAAAGAAUCGGAAAGGGGUUUUACUGGGAAGCGGACGCGGUGGCCCUGGACGUUGCCGCUGGACGUACGGAGAGCGAUGUUAUGCCUUGGGCCGAGACGACCCGUGUCAUGGAUAUUUUGGACGAGAUCAGGCGGCAGGGCGGUGCAAAAUUCCCCCAGGAUGACCAGUAA